UAUUUUGCUCAGUCUCACGUUGCUGCAGCAGCAGGUUUCAGAGAGAUUCUUCCUCCUCCCUUGAGAGCCUCCUCCGUCACCUGCUUUCCUACUGUGAGAAAGGUUGCCAUUUCCAAGGUGGUAUCAUUCCUUCUUUCCACUCCUCCACUGGAUCUAUCUCUUCACUUCCAUUCCCUUGGCCCGUUUCCCGGAACUCACACCCAUGCCUCCUUCCCAAGCAGCCUCCUUUGUCAUCUCCGGCUCGAACAGAUCUUUAGAUCUUGCUCUGUGGCUGUGACUUGGGAUGUGGUAUGCUAAGCUGCACUCGAUUUUGAGCUGCAGUUGCGGGUACAAGUAGAAUGAGCUCGUUCUCUUAGCUUACUUGUGAGCGGAUCUGAGCUACCAUGGUUUCCGUUCCUUGAUGUGAAGAUUUGGUUGAAGGGAUCGGAUAGUGUUCGAUGUGCCGUCCAUCGCACUGGUUUCUGAGACAAUGAGGCCUAUGGAUAAGCCCUGCGCCAACGCAUACAGCUUUGAGUUCCACGAUGGCGCCGUCGCCAACAACGCUCUUCACCGCCGGAAGGUGUUGGGGUCGCGCAGCAAGCCGACCCCUUCGAAGUGGGACGAUGCCCAGAAGUGGCUGGUGGGGCUGUCCGGCAGCGGAGAUCACAAACAUGCGGUGAGCAAGCCGAGGAACUCGAACGCCGACGACAGAAGGCUGCUCUCGUCCUUGUCCCAGCGAGGAAGGGACUCCUGCAGCAGCGCUGACGGAACCUUGGAGUACGACAUAGUGCUCGCGGUCACUGCUCAGGAAGACGAAGGGGAAACGAAGAAGAUAGACUGCAGUGAGGCGCUCUGGCGGACGAACAAGCCGAUCGAGGACUCGUCCAUGGUGGUCAGAUCGGUGUGUCUGAGGGACGCAGGCACGGAGAUGACGCCCAUAGCGAGCAAAGAGCCAUCGAGGACCGGCACGCCACUGCGAGCGACGACUCCGGUGUCGAAGAGUCCGAUCUCUUCGAGGUCGUCCACCCCGGAAAGAUGCCGGCGGCACGACGGCUAUCAAGCAGGGAUGAGGAGUGCGGAGAGGAUUGGCUGGCCUUAUGGAGGGGAAGCAGAGGUCGACGGUGGCAAGUUCUCUGAGAUCAAUGGCUCAGAGCAAGGUAGGAGUUCGAGCUCGCUGGAGUCCCGAGCCAUGGCAUGGGAUGAGGCAGAACGCGCAAAGUACAUGGCCAGAUAUAAGCGUGAAGAGGUGAAGAUACAAGCAUGGGAAAAUCAUGAGAAAAGAAAAGCUGAAAUGGUGAUGAGGAGAAUGGAGGUUAAGGCAGAAAGAAUUAAAUCACGAGCUCAAGAAAAAUAUGCAAACAAGUUGGCGGCAGCACGAAGAAUGGCUGAGGAGAAGCGUGCCAGUGCGGAGGUCAAACUGAAUGAGCGUGCCGCAAUGACUUCUGAAAGAGCAGAUUACAUUAGGAGGACAGGGCACUUGCCAUCCUCAAUUUUCUCCUUCAAGUUGCCUUCUCUUUGCAAUUGAGGGCCAUCGGAUGUAUUGUAGGAGCCGGUGCUUUAGGUGUUACUGCAUUACUUCUACUCUUGCACUGACUGUAUCAACUGAUGUUCAUCAUAAUUUCUAUUUCUUAAGAGAAAUGCAUUCCAUAUGUAUCUUCUUUUUGCU